GUUUUUCUCCCCGUUUUUUCUUUUUUGCGGGCUGGCUCUGGGCGCCCGGCAGCGGCGGCCGCGCUGCCCCGCGCUUCCCCGGCUCGCUGGAAGCUGAGGGAUGCGACUCCGCCACCAUGAUGGAAGGACUGAAAAAACGCACCAGGAAGGCGUUCGGGAUACGCAAGAAAGAAAAGGACACCGACUCCACAGGGUCGCCGGACCGCGACGGGCUCAAGAAGAGCAACGGCGCCCCGAACGGCUUUUACGCGGAGAUCGACUGGGACAGAUACAAUUCGCCCGAGCUGGACGAGGAGGGCUACAGCAUCCGGCCGGAGGAACCGGGCUCGAGCAGGGGGAAGCACUUCUACUCCUCCAGCGAGUCCGAGGAGGAGGAGGAGGCGCACAAGAAGUUCAACAUCAAGAUCAAGCCUUUGCAGGCUAAGGACGUCCUCAAGAGCGCCGCGACCGUGGACGAGCUGAAGGCGUCCGUAGGCAACAUCGCGCUCUCCCCGUCGCCCGUGGGCACCAUGAAGAGGAAUCUGUCCAGUGAGGAGAUCGCGCGGCCGCGGCGCGCCACGCCGACGCCGAUGCCCGAGCUCGCCAGCAGGAAGGUGCCGGACGACCCCGCGGCCCUCGCCCCGCUCUUCGGGCCCCCGCUGGAGUCGGCCUUCGAGGAGCAGAAGCUGGAAGCUCCUCUGGACCAGCCCGAGAUCUGGGGCUCGGUGCCGCCCCCCAACUCCGGCGUGGAGUCUCCGAAGCUGCCAAGACCUUUCCCCACUGGAACGCCGCCGCCGCUCCCGCCGAAGAACGUGCCGGCGACGCCGCCCCGGACGGGCUCCCCCGUCGCGGGGGCGAUAGGGAGCGACCCGGCGGCGGCCGAGCCCCGCGGCGCCCAGCUGCCCUCCCUCCACGACCUGGACAGCGUCUUCGGCCCCGUGCUGCGCCCCGCGGCCGCGGCCGCCGGCCCCGAAGACAAGUGGGUCGAUUUUUCCGAUCCGUCCCCGGAAAGCGCGGUGCCGCCGAGGGAGAAGGGGACGGCGCCCGCGGGGCCCCCCCACCUGCCACCGCCGCCGUGCCCCGAGCCGCCCCCCGCCGCGGACGACGCCGAGGCCGAGGCCGAGCCGGCCGCUUCCCCCCGCGAGGCCGGGCCGGGCCAGCGAGCCACGCCGCCGCCGCCGCCGCCGCCCACCUACCGCGCGGUGGUGGCCUCGCCGGGCCCCGGCAGCCCCAGCGGUGCCUCGUCGCCCGCCCGGCCCGGCACGCCGCUGUCCGCCUGCGGCACCCCGCCGCCGCCGCCGCCCCGGCCCCCGUCGCGGCCCAAGCUGCCGCCCGGCAAGCCCGCCGUCGCCGACGGGCCGCGGCCGUUCAGCCCCCCCGUGCACUCGUCCAGCCCGCCGCCGGUCGCCCCGCUCGCCCGCGCCGAGAGCACCUCCUCCAUCUCCUCCACCAACUCCCUGAGCGCCGCCACCACUCCCACCGUCGAGAGCGAGCAGCCCUCCCUCGUCUGGUUUGACAGAGGGAAGUUUUAUUUGACUUUCGAAGGCUCGUCGCGGGGCCCCAGCCCCCUCACCAUGGGGGCACAGGACACGCUGCCCGUCGCCGCCGCCUUCACCGAGACCGUCAACGCCUACUUCAAAGGCGCCGACCCCAGCAAGUGCAUCGUGAAGAUCACGGGCGAGAUGGUGCUGUCCUUCCCGGCCGGCAUCACCCGGCACUUCGCCAACAACCCGGCGCCGGCCGUGCUCACCUUCCGCGUGCUCAACUACGACCGGCUGGAGCACGUGCUGCCCAACCCGCAGCUGCUCUGCUGCGAGGCCGCGCAGGCCGACGCCGGCGCCCGCGAGUUCUGGGUCAACAUGCCCAACCUGAUGGCCCACCUCAAGAAGGUAUCGGAGCAGAAGCCCCAGGCGACCUAUUACAACGUGGAUAUGCUCAAGUACCAGGUGUCUGCCCAGGGUAUUCAGUCUACUCCAUUAAACCUUGCAGUGAGCUGGCGCUGUGACCCCGCAAGCACGGACCUCCGCAUUGACUACAAAUACAAUACGGAGGCAAUGACUACGCCCGUAGCUCUCAACAACGUGCAGUUCCUCGUCCCCGUCGACGGAGGGGUCACCAAGCUGCAAGCCGUGCUCCCGCCCGCCGUUUGGAACGCCGAGCAGCAGCGCAUCCUCUGGAAGAUCCCCGACAUCUCCCAGAAGUCGGAGAACGGAGGUGUGGGCUCGCUGCUGGCCCGCUUCCAGCUGGCGCAGGGCCCCAGCUCGCCGGCCGCCCUGGCCCUGCAGUUCACCAGCGAGGGCAGCACCCUGUCCGGCUGCGACAUCGAGCUCCUCGGCCCCGGCUACCGCUUCUCCCUCGUCAAGAAGAGGUUCGCGGCGGGGAAAUACCUGGCCGACAACUAGCGGCGCCGGGACCGCCGGGACCGCCGGGACCGCGGGGCAUCGCCGCGGCGGCGUGGGGGACGAGCCCGGCCCGCGGGACGCUCCCGCCGCACGCGUCGGCGGCUCUCGGCGUUCCUCCCUCGGAAAACACCGUCUCGACCAGUCCUGCAGUAUUUACUUCUAGGUGUAACAUUGUUAAUGGUUUUAAAAUGUAAUUAUGGUAUUUGUAAAUCGUCCUCAUCCCCGUACGGCUGUACCUUGGCGGUUAGACACUUGAGUUGUAGCAUUCUACCAUUCAUGAAAUGGGUGUAACUUAAACCGUGGUAUAUAACUAAUAGUAGUCCUGUCGAAUGGCACGAUGCUUCCCGAGGUAGGUGACAUUGCGUCCAUGUAGAUACGGUCUGGAUACGAUGCCGAUAGCCGGGCGGGGGGGCCGGGACGCUGCUGCCGCCCUCCCCGGCGGGACCCUGCCGGAGCGGGCGCCGGGUUCCCGGCCCCAGGUCUGGGUUUGCUUUGCUUUUUCUGGUUUUUCUUCUUUUUUUUUGGUCCUCUUUUCUGCUCCUCUCCCGAAAGCCCCGCUGGCAGCACGGCGGUGGCCGUCACGGUGCCAGCGGCACGGUGUCUGCGAGUCCCCAGCUCUGCUUAACGCAGGAUUCGCCUAAAUGAAAAAUAUAUAUAUAUAUAUAUAUAUAUAUAUAUAUAUCUCCCUGCAAAGCUCAGCACUGCAGCCGGGCGCUCGCAGCCCUCGCAGUGACCCGGGGUAGUUUUCCCUGCCGCGGCCACGGCCGCCAGCCCUGGAAACGCGGGUUUUUGCAGAGUAACUGCUGCCAGAGCGUGGAUGUUUUGCUUCGGAUGUCGCUGGCAAGACACGGUGCUUACGCAGCGCUGGGUUUUUAAAUGCUUUUAAACAAAGCCAGUGGGUUUUGGAGCGCGGGGCGCGCAUGGCCCCAGACCCCCGAAUUUAGCAGUGCUGGGAUGCAAGUGUCUGGAUGGAAACGAGAGGAAGGGGACGUUUCGCUGAUAAGUGGGCUUGAUGCACAUGUGGGGGCUCGAGCCCGGCCACCCGGGAGGCUUUCCCUUUCCCCUUUCCCCUUUCCCCUUUCCCCUUUCCCCUUUCCCUUUUCCCCUUUCCCUUUUCCCCUUUCCCCUUUCCCUUUUCCCCUUUCCCUUUUCCCCUUUCCCUUUUCCCCUUUCCCCUUUCCCUUUUCCCCUUUCCCUUUUCCCCUUUCCCCUUUCCCUUUUCCCCUUUCCCUUUUCCCCUUUCCCCUUUCCCCUUUCCCUUUCCCUUUUCCCCUUUCCCUUUUCCCCUUUCCCUUUCCCUUUUCCCCUUUCCCUUUUCCCCUUUCCCUUUUCCCCUUUCCCCUUUCCCCUUUCCCCUUUCCCCUUUCCCCUUUCCCCUUUCCCUUUCCCUUUUCCCCUUUCCCUUUCCCUUUCCCUUUUCCCUUUUCCCUUUUCCCUUUUCCCUUUUCCCUUUUCCCCUUUCCCCUUUCCCCUUUCCCCUUUCCCCUUUCCCCUUUCCCCUUUCCCCUUUCCCCUUUCCCCUUUCCCUUUCCCUUUUCCCCUUUCCCCUUUCCCCUUUCCCUUUUCCCCUUUCCCCUUUCCCCUUUCCCUUUUCCCCUUUCCCUUUUCCCCUUUCCCUUUUCCCCUUUCCCUUUCCCUUUUCCCCUUUCCCUUUCCCUUUUCCCUUUUCCCUUUUCCCUUUUCCCUUUUCCCCUUUCCCCUUUCCCCUUUCCCCUUUCCCCUUUCCCUUUUCCCCUUUCCCCUUUCCCCUUUCCCCUUUCCCCUUUCCCCUUUCCCCUUUCCCCUUUCCCCUUUCCCUUUUCCCCUUUCCCCUUUCCCCUUUCCCUUUUCCCCUUUCCCUUUUCCCCUUUCCCUUUCCCUUUUCCCCUUUCCCUUUUCCCCUUUCCCCUUCUCCCUUUCCCCUUCUCCCUUUCCCCUUCUCCCUUUCCCCUUCUCCCUUUCCCUUCUCCCUUUCCCUUCUCCCUUUUCCCCUUUCCCCUUCUCCCUUUCCCCUUCUCCCUUUCCCCUUCUCCCUUUCCCCUUCUCCCUUUCCCUUCUCCCUUUUCCCCUUUCCCCUUCUCCCUUUCCCCUUCUCCCUUUCCCCUUCUCCCUUUCCCCUUCUCCCUUUCCCCUUCUUUCUCCCUUCUCCCUUCUCCCUUUCCCGGCGUGCAGCAGCCCCACGCUGCGCUCCCCGAUAGGAAACCGCUGUCUCAAAAGAGCGCAUCCCAUAGCCGGGAUUCUUCCUUUUUUUAAUUACUAUUUAUUUUAUUUUUUAUUUAUUUUAUUUAUAUCAUUUUAUUUAUUUCAUUUCAUGCCCUGCUUUUCCCUGCGCGUCGAGGAGGAGCGGCGUCCCCGUGGCGCGGGGCCCCGGGCGGCUGUCGGCAUCGUGGUUCUCCCUCCUUCCCGGGGCUGGAAACGCGGGGCCGGGACCCCCCCCCCGGCUUCGGGGGGCUUCGGCCGCCGGCUCGCCCAGCCUAUCGCUCUAUAUAAGCUAUAUCCUUUUAUCCCGUGUAUAAAAUGUUUAUAAAUAUUUGUGGAUUAAGAGACACAGGUCUAUUUUUAAGCUCUGGGUGGGAGGAGGUCACGGCCGGCCUUUCCCCCCCAAACGUGCAAUGAGGAACGUGAUACCCGGCGCCCGUGUGCUGACCGCUGGUAGCCCGAAUGUGUUGUAUCGGCUUGUUGAAGAUAAUCACGAAGCGACAUAUUUUAAAUGUUAACUUGCCUUAUAGAUUAGGAGACGACUAUGUGGAUAUCAUUUUUUUGUAAAUACUGUUUUUUAUAAAUGUCUUUCCUCCAUUCGCCCCCCCCGCCCAUUCCACGAAAUCUUGAAUAUGCAAUUAUUUAACGUGCAUAACACUGCAAUGAAUAAGCCCCCCCUUCAGAACAAAGUUUAUUAAUUCUGUCCAUAAGAACCGCAUUAAAUACCCAGUUAAGUUGUAAUUUAAAUGUGAUUUUUUUUUCCUUGAAAUUAAACGAAAACCUGAAAAUACCA